UCAGUGUAAUGUCAUGAUGAAAUUAUUAUGUAGUCAGUGAAUCUGUGUAUCUGUGUGAAUUGUUUUUGUUUUGUUACAAUAUGCCCAGAGGAAACAAUGCCUUCUAGCAAAAACUUAUAGUUUUUGCCAUAAAAUGGUAUUCUUCUGCUUCAAACGAAAACUUUGCAAUCAGUACUUAGGUCACAGAACUAAUACAAAAUGGAAAAUAAAAAGGACAAAUGGGAGGCUCUCGCCACCGUGAAAGCCUUCGAUUUAGGUUUAAAUCAAAAUAGCCAACAUGAAUACAUACUGCACCAGAGUAUGCAACAAGUAGAAAUAGUACAAUCCGCCGCCACCACACCAAUCAGUCUCCUCAUCCAAUCCCUAGUCAAACAGCUAUGUGCACUCCUCGAAAAAGAUCAGACCAGAGCAAACCAACUGUACAACACUAUAUGUGAGAAACUCCACAGCAUGCAUCUUAUAGAUGACUCAUACGCUAUGGGAGAGUUUGAGGCCAUGAGGAGCCAAUACCAACGAGCUCUAUAUCAACUAGUUACUGUUGCAACUGGUUCCGAAAUACCAAUAACAAUACCAGCAUCAUGGCCGAUCAACGAACCAUCUUACUUAGAAUGGUCCAGGUACCAUAGAGAAUUUGAUGAAUUAUACUACAUCGCUGGUGGGGGUUUCGGUAGCGUUUUUAAAGCCAAACACAGAUUAGACGGAGUUGAAUAUGCUGUUAAGAAAGUGUUCAUCAAGUCUAGUGACGUUGACUCAAUAAUGACUCAUUUGGCUGAAGUUAAGACUCUGGCUAGUUUGAACCAUCCUAAUAUAGUUAACUACAAAGCCGCUUGGCUUGAACCAAUGAUAGAAUCUAAUGUGACAAAGAAGAAACGUAAAUAUCAAAUGGACAUGGACAGUGAUGAGUUCUCAGCACUCAACUCCAGUUUGCUAUCUUCAAAGCUUAAUUUAGUUAAGUCUUUUAAAACUCAUAACUCCAAGGAACUUACCAAGCAUCACAGUCAGUCCGAUUUCAUUAUUUCCUUCAAAAACUCGAGCAGUCAGGAGCAAUCAGAUAAUUCUAUAGAAGAUCUUGAUGAAUCCGAGAGUGAUGAGGAUUCCGAUACUCCUCAAGAUGAACAAGCCGUUUGCAAACUUUUCGACUGCAUAGAAUACGAGAACUGUUCGCGAGUAAACUUAAAAUGGGCCACACUGUACAUCCAAAUGACAUUCUGCAAGGAAACACUAAAGCAAUGGCUUGACGACCGCAACAACCUCAUGUCUUCAUCCCGUAAGAGUUCUACCGAUCUGUCUUCAAGCGAUGAGUCUGGGUUAGACAUAACACCGGACACAAAAUACCCUGUAGCAUGGACACAUAUUGAUGUUCUCAUAGAUAUGUUCACGCAGUUGGUGAAAGGGUUGAAUUAUAUACAUUCUAAAGGUAUAAUCCACCAUGAUGUGAAGCCUUCGAACGUGUUUGUGGCGCAGAGCGAGACGGGAGUGCUGGUGCAGUUGGGAGACUUCGGACUGGCGUGUCCGCUGCAGCAGUCCCACAGUGGACUGGCACUGGGUACACACCUGUAUGCAGCUCCUGAACAGUUGGAGGGACAGUGCAACCCUAAGAGUGACAUGUACAGCCUCGGCAUCAUCCUCCUCGAAAUGAUAGAGCCCUUCAGCACUGACAUGGAGCGAGUGAAGACCAUCACAGACCUCCGGAAAGGCCAGAUACCUGCCCAUCUCACUGCCAACUACCCCAAAAUUGCCCACAUCAUCGGAAAACUCGUCCAACGACGCCCAGCUAAGCGACUUGAUACUAGGCAACUUUUAGAAGAACUUAAAACCCUGUCCGAAAAUAAAGAUGAAACUAUCAAGUCGCUGAGAGAGGAAUUGGCAGCAAAGGAAGAUGAAAUAGCUCAGUUGAAGAUGAUGCUGGCCAAAUUCAGUAACAAAUCUUAAAACAUUGAAACACCAAUAAGUGUACCUAAGUGUGUGUGUUAUACGUAAUGCUGUGUGAUCAGAGUGGGUAUGUAGAUUUUUAACUAUAUAUACAUUGUUAUUGUUAGGACUGCUAUCUUGAUGCACUGAUGUUGUUUAAGUUAUGAUACAAGGUGUUUUUCUACCCUUAGCCAUAUUGUGCGACUGCGACGUUAUUACGUAAAUCUACUACAAGUUUUACUCCGAUUUAGCAAUUUUUUUUGUUAUUUCUGGGUUUACACUUUGCAGAAUAUAGCUUAGGGUUGAAAAUACAUGAUUAUGUGAGACUUGCAUAAGAGGCCUAACUGGUCUGUCAGCCAUCAAGCAAUCGUGAACCAUACAAAAUCAAUGAUCUAUAAUAAAUUUGCUAAAAUACCGUUGCUGCCCUAUCUUCAUCACCAAAUAAACUUAACAUCAGGGUAUUGAGAAAUAACUUAGAUCUAAUAUCUAUGUUGUAGGGCGAGCGCGCGUGUGCACUUAUUAACAUGAUUUUAAAGCAUAUUUUUGGGUAUACCAUGCGCGCAUUUAAACAAUAUUAAUUAAUAUUAGGUACUGUAGUUACUACUUGUAAUUGCUAAUUAGACACCUACACAGUAUUAAUAAUUAUAUAUUUUUCCUUAUAUGUUUAUGAAGAUUCUUAUUUAUUCCAUUAAUACUUAUAGAGUCCCUGGCAAGCUCGGUUCUCCAUACAAACGUAGUUCCGCUCUCAUUUUAAAACAACUAGCUAGAUUGCUCUGAAACUUUGUACUUACAAUAGGAUAAGGUAUGUCUAUGUUUGUAAUUAGUUUAUGUAGCUUCAGAUACCAUAGU